CUGACGGCUGAGUAGCCAGCGGGAUGCCCGGUCUGCUGAAUCAGAUCACAGGGGCAGCCCUGCCCCUCACGGCGUCUGAUGUCACCUCCUUCGUCAGUGGUUACGCCCUGGGCCUAACUGCUUCCCUCACCUAUGGCAACCUGGAAGCCCAGCCCUUCCAGGGCCUCUUCGUGUACCCACUGGAUGAAUACACCACGGUGAUCGGCUUCGAGGCGGUCAUUGCUGACCGCAUCGUAACCGUACAGAUAAAAGACAAAGCCAAGCUGGAGAGUGGCCACUUGGAUGCCUCCCAUGUCCGAUCCACAACUGUCACAGGAGACAAUCUGCAAGAGGUGGUUUCCAUCGGCCCUCAUUCCUGCACACCGGGAAGGGUGGCUUUGGAUGAGGAUUUGGAGCGAAUGCUGUUCGUGGUCAACCUGGGGACCAUCACCCCCAUGGAGAACGUCAAUGUCUUCAUCAGCACGUCCUCAGAGCUCCUGACUCUGCCCAGCGGAGCUGUGAGGGUCCUUCUGCCUGCUGUCUGCGCCCCAACUGUGCCCCAGUUCUGCACUGAGACCACCGGCACCUCCAGCCAACAGGCCCAGGGCAAAGACAGGCAUUGCUUCGGCACCCGGACCCUGGACUCCUGGAACAAGUUGUGCCUGGCGACUCUCUUGGACACCGAUGUGUCCAACCCCAUGGAGUAUGAGUUCAACUUCCAGCUGGAGAUCCGUGGGCCAUGUCUGCUCGCAGGGGUAGAGAGUCCCACCCACGAGAUUCGUGCCGAUGCAGCCCCAUCUGCCCGCUCGGCCAAGAGCAUCAUCAUCACCUUGGCCAACAAGCACACCUUCGACCGGCCCGUGGAGAUCCUCAUCCACCCCAGUGAGCCCCACAUGCCACAUGUCCUGAUGGAGAAAGGGGACAUGACACUGGGAGAGUUUGAUCAGCACUUGAAGGGACGGACAGACUUCAUUAAAGGGAUGAAGAAGGCCAGCAGUGCAGAGCAGAAGGCAGAAAUCAUCCGGAAACGCCUCCACAAAGACAUCCUCCACCAUUCUGUCAUCAUGCUCAACUUCUGUCCUGACCUCCAGUCCGUCCAGCCAAGCCUGAGAAAGGCCCACGGAGAGUUCAUCUUCCUCAUCGACAGGAGCGGCAGCAUGAGUGGGACCAGCAUCUACCGCGUCAAGGAUGCCUUGAUGGUGGCUCUUAAGAGCCUCGUGCCAACCUGCCUCUUCAAUGUCAUUGGGUUUGGAUCCACAUUUAAGACUCUCUUUCCUUCCAGUCAGACCUACACUGAGGAGAGCUUGGCCAUGGCCUGUGAUAACAUCCAGAGAAUGCAGGCCGACAUGGGUGGCACCAACGUCCUUUCCCCUCUCAAGUGGGUCAUCCGGCAGCCAGUGCACCAAGGCCACCCACGGUUCCUGUUCCUCAUCACGGAUGGCGCCAUCAGCAACACGGGGAAGGUGCUGGAACUCGUGCGGAACCACGCCUUCUCCACCAGGUGCUAUAGCUUUGGAAUCGGGCCCAACGUCUGCCACAGACUGGUGAAAGGGCUGGCAUCUGUGUCCAAGGGCAGUGCCGAGUUUCUGGCAGAGGGAGAGCGGCUGCAACCCAAGAUGGUCAAGUCCUUGAAGAAGGCCAUGGCCCCGGUCCUGAGCGAUGUGACUGUGGAAUGGAUCUUCCCCGAGACUACUGAGGUCCUGAUCUCCCCUGCCAGUACCAGCACCCUCUUCCCUGGAGAACGGCUGGUGGGGUAUGGCAUUGUAUGUGAUGCCUCCUUAUACAUCUCCAAUCCCAGAUCUGACAUGAGGCGACAGUAUAGCAUGCUGCAUUCUCAGGAGUCCAGCAGCUCUGUCUUCUACCACUCUCAGGAUGAGGGACCUGGCCCAGACAGUGGAGAUUGUGCCAAGAAUCUGGGGGUGUAUUUCAACCUGGGGCAGGUCAAAGAUGCCCGGCCAGUCAGCAGAGACUCUACCACCAAGCCCGCUCUGCACCUCUCCCAGCGACGGAGGGCAUACAGCACCAACCAGAUCACCAACCCCAAGCCCUGCCCGAGGGCCACCACAGCCAGCGACCCCACAGUGAAUACCAGGAGAUACCCACUGCGGAAAGCCAGGCUGCAGGACCUCACCAACCAGAUCAGCCUGGAUGCCCAGCGGUGGCAGAUUGAUUUGCAGCCCUUGCUGAACAGUGGCCAGGACCUGAGCCAGGGCCCCAAACUCCACGGCCCAGGGGCCCGCAGGCCCUCUCUGCUGCCCCAAGGCUGCCAGUCAUUCCUGCCCUUGGGUCAGGAGACCCCAGUCUGGAGACCCAUGAGAGAGCUGGACCCUGGGUCCAGCCUGACACCUGCCUCGGACAGCCGCAGCCCUGGGGAUCUGGAGCCGUCCCAUCAUUCCUCCCUCUUCGAGAUGGAGACGUCCUCGGACUGGGAACCCCUAGCCGAGUCUGAGGAGGGGGCCAGUCCUGGCAGGCCUGCCACCCCAGGCCCGGUGCUGGGCAAGGCCCUGGUCAAGGGCCUAUGCGACAACCAACGCCUGCAGUGGGAGGUGAGCUUCGAACUGGGGCCCCCCGGCCCGGAGCCGGGCAGCGCGCGCGACGCCGACCUGUGGAAUGAAACCUUCCAUCACCUGGCGGCCCGCGCCAUCAUCCGCGACUUCGAGCAGCUGGCGGAGCGCGAGGGGGAGAUCGAGCAAGGGUCCAACCGCCGCUACCAGGUGAACGCCAUGCACACCAGCAAGGCCUGCAACAUCAUCAGCAAAUACACAGCCUUCGUGCCUGUGGACGUGAGCAAGAGCCGAUACUUGCCAACUGUGGUGGAGUACCCCAACUCUGGUGCUGCUUUGCGGGCGGUCAGCUCUCGAGUCCUGACCCGACAGUGGAAAGGCACCCCUGCUGGCUUCAGACGGUCGCAGACCAUGCUCAGAGAAGACUCGGCAGCAGGAGAUGAUGUGGAGGAGAGCCUCCCCAUGCCCCUCAUCGAGGCCACAUCCCCUGGCCACGAGAAGCACAUUGCUUCUGAAGGUCCUGUGCACAGCCUGGCCACCAAUACCCUUUCUUCCAUGAAGGCCUCGGAGACUCUCUUUGGAUCCAGGCUGAAUCUCCACAAGUCCAGGCUGCUGAUGCGAGCAGCCAAGGGCUUCUUGAGCAAGCCACUGGUCAAGGCUCCAGAGGCAACUUCUGCCAACCAGAGUUUCGACUAUAUCCUGCUGGUAUCUCUGCAGCUGGCCUCCGGAGCCUUCCUGCUCAACCAAGCCUUCUGCGAGGCCAUCCACAUCCCCAUGGAGAAACUCAAGUGGACCUCGCCCUUCACCUGCCACCGAGCCUCCCUCACGGCCCGCCAGUCCGAGUCUAAGACCCCGAGUCCCCAGUUAUGCACCAGCCCCCCACCUCAGCCCCCCUCCUGUGGUAGCAUCCCUCUGGAGCCUCCAGCUGAAAGCAAGCCCAGCCUGGAGACGAGGGCGGUGGUAGAGCACACAGGGAAGCUCUGGGCCACGGUGGUGGGGCUGGCAUGGCUGGAGCACAGCUCGGCCUCCUACUUUACCGAGUGGGAGCUGGUGGCCGCCAAAGCCAACUCGUGGCUGGAGCAGCAGGAAGUGCCCGAGGGGCGCACGCGGGGCACACUCAAGGCCGCUGCCCGCCAGCUGUUUGUACUCCUGCGGCACUGGGAUGAGAACCUCGAAUUCAAUAUGCUCUGCUAUAACCCAGAUUAUGUGUAGUGGGGGAGAGGAGGCUGGAGGUAGAGGAGACGGACGGGUAGGGCCAUUUGGGACUGGUGGGGGGUGUUUUGGGAGCUGUAGCCAAUAUAUCAGUUGCUAGAAAGAGCCCUGGACUGGCAGUCAGGAGGCCUGAGUUCAAUCCCAACUUUGCUCCCAGUCUAGCUGUGCAACUUUUGGCCAGUCUCUGCCUCUGUCUGAGCCUCAGUUUUCUCAUCUAUAAAAUA